GGGCGGUGGGGUUAGGAAGUGGUCUUUUGUUCUGUUGAAUGUUUUAUGUUUCGCACACUUGAAAACUUGAAGCUAUGCUCUCUGAUCACAGCUUUCAAAAUAUUUGACCCUUUUCCCUGGACCUGUAUUGAAUGUAGAAGAGAAUCCGAUGUGCCUUGUUGAUUUCAGGGGGUUUUGCAGGGAAGGUGGGGAAAACCAGACAGCACACAGAGCCGAGAGAUGCACAGCGGCAGGAACGUCCCACAGCCUGCAAAAGAAAGAAUAGAGAUCCAUUAGCUGGGACCUCCGUGAAAGCGGCCUUGGCAUUUCUUUCAGUACCAUCCUGUCCAUACCUACUCAGAAGCAAGCUCCAUUUAACUCAGCAAGACUUACUCCCUGGUUAGUGUACACAGCAGGGCACUACACACACACCUGACUUUCUGGAAAUCUGAAUCUGUGGUGUGCAAGAUCCUGCCUGCGCAGCAACGCGCAGCUCACUUUCUUUAACUUGCUGCCUUGGGCAUGACUUCCCUUCAGUAACCAGCAAAGCAGGAGCCCCGGACUGCGCAGGGAAGGAGAUGUCCACAGAUCCCAGAUCUGCAUAGGAGGGCUGCGUCCAGAGAAAGCUGAUCAGGUCACGGAGUCUGAAAUCUACGACAAACGAACUUACCUAGGAAUAAGUCUCACUGAACUUAAUGGCACUUGUCUGGGCAGCCAAGCCUAGACUUGCUCUGAGAUUGUUUGCUUUAUAAGAGGAGCUGGAUUAAGGAGGAGCAAUAGUCUUUCUCCGUGAAUGAAUCCAAAACCAACUUUGAAGACACAGCUAGUACAGUUUUUGGAGAGGAGACACUGCUUUGGAUGGUUCUACAGCAACAAAACACGGGAAAAAUGCUGCCUUGGAAGAUAACAAUGUUCUGUACCCUCAUAGUUGUCAGCACAGCUUCCCAAAAUUUUAAUUUUGGCUCGUUCACCCAUUCACCUAUUUACAGCAAAGGUAACGGAGGAGAGGAACAGAGAGAGUUGCACAGGCAGAAACGGCAGGAUGUGACAUUAGGCAUCUCGCCUGUAGAAUACACGAUUGCUGUUGAGAUAAGUCUUCCAGAUUCCUCCCUCCUGGGGGCCCUCAGAAGUUAUUCAAACAGCCUUAACUUCCCAGUCUCAGUAAAUGCUUCUGAUCCAGCUGUGAACAUUUCAAGCAUUGAUGUCACCACAGUGUGCAGCUCAGGUGGCCCCCAGGGCACCCACUGCUCUUGUGAGCCGGGCUAUGAAUGGCCGGCCAGCGCAUGCAGAGCUACUCCAGCCUGUCCCAGGGCUGCGCCGGCAGGAGAGAGCUGCACCUGCCUUGCACAGCGGCCUCCGUGGGGGACCUACUGUCAACCGCAAUCUGCAGGUGUUACGUUUAUAUACAUUAUAAAAAUGUCUGUCCGGCUUGACAAAGACUUUGAAGAUGAUCUGAGAAAUCUGUCCUCUAGCAUGUUUAAGCGAUACAAAAGUGAUUUGGAGAAAGCGUUUACCAAGGGAUACAAAUCAUUGCCAGGCUUCAGAAGUGUAAAAGUUGCAGGAUUCAGACCUGGAAGCAUCAUGGUUCAAUAUGAAUUAACAUCAGCAGUGAAUAUGCCGCCUGAAAGUGCAAAUACAGAUGCAGCUGAAGCCUUAGAUCGUUCCUACAAGAUUGUGCCCACAUCAUUUGAGGUGUCUUCAAUGGAAGUGCAUGGUGGAACAAACAUCUCCAUUUCUCCUGACGACAUUUUUGAGGGUGAUACAGUAACAAUGACAUGCGAGUCAAAUUCUUCUUCGGGGGCAAUCUGGCACUUCCCAGGAACUUUUAGCCGUGGCAGGGAGCUUCUUAAAAAUGACACUAUAGAUGGAAAGUCAACAUCAACACUGAAAAUUACAAACAUUAAAUUGGAAGAUGCCGGUUAUUACCGUUGCAGCUUUAUGGAAUGGAUUAAUAAUGUGUCAGUCAUACAUGUUGCUGGGACUAAUAUAACAGUCUCUCCAAUCAAAAUUGUGCCCUCAGAGGACGUUGUGAUUGUAUGCAAUGGUGACACUAAAGAACUGAGUUGCUGCACAGACAGAGAUAUGCAGUUCUUCACUUAUUACUGGAAAACAAAUGGAGCAAUAAAUAUUUCAGGGACCACCACUGCCACUCACAACUGUACCACGUACCUCCUUCAGGCUAAUGAAUCUCAAUGCCCAGCAGACAAGUCUGCAACCAAAACGGAUUACACAUGUGAGCUGAACACUACCAAUGGUGCCCGCAAACACAAAGUUAUCAGUGUUGAAUAUUUUCGAGUGGCAAAGGUGAGCAUAUCUUCUAGAACAAGUGACAAGGUUUCUGAGGGACAACGUUUCUCUCUAAGCUGCAACAGUGAUGUGAGCAACUUUGACAGCGUCACCUGGCAAAUCCAAAGUGGAAGCUCUACUAAGCAGGUUGACAGCGUGUGGCACACCACCAGGCAGAGCGGAAAGGGGGCAGAGUCUGUGCUGACUGUCGGCAGUGCUAAUCUGGACUGGGCUGGCAACUAUACCUGCACCUUUUCCCAAAGAUUUCUGAACAGCUCUGCACACAUGCAAAUCGACGUGUUUCCUUUGCCACUGAAAAAAGACAUUAUAACAGAUCCCAUAAAUGCAUCCAUCCCUUGUCCAGGGACUCAGGUUCUAAGGUGUUGUACAAGCAAGACAGGAAAUUACACCGUGACGUUCUCUGUUCAACAAAGGCUUCCCUUUGUUCAGGCAGCUUUUCCUGCAGAAAGAAGAGGAAAAGGCUGCUAUCAACACACAGUAAAUUUCACAGAAGCUCACUGCAAUUCUAGAGAGCACAUUGUGCAUUGUGAGUUCAGGAACCAAAUUGAUGGGCAUGUUCAAAGUUCACCAAUGGUCCUAAAACUUUUACUAGCAAAGAAGGUAGCAUGCAAUUCUUCAGAGAUUGGCACCGGAGAGGAUGGAGCAGAGCUCACAAGGCCUUGCAGGAACGAGGCAAACCACCCUGUCAGAGGAAGUAUCACCUAUAAGUGCAAACAUAAUUUGUGGGAAAUCAUGGGAAAUAGCUGCCUAGCUGUCCCAGUAGACAACCUUCUCAGCUCUGCAGAGUCUUUGGUGUCUAGUCCUGAGCAAAAGAAGAAUUUGCCUGAAUUCCUCAGCCACCUGAACCAAACCAUCAAGCAACAGCAGCAAAGUAUGAAAGCUCUUGCAAACCUGAAAGCUGUUGUGGAAAUUUUGAAUAUGGUUUCAGUCGUGCCGGUAGCUGCUGAGCAGGAAACAAUGGAAAAUUUUUUAUCCACAGUAGACAUGGUUAUCAGCAGUCCAACAAAAACUUGGAAGGAUUUUGCGAAUGGAACUUCUCAAUUACUGGCUUCAGUGGAGCAAUUUUCUGACUCCCUUCAACCUAUUAACAAUUCUAUUCCUUCCAUCAGCUAUGACAACCUCCAGCUCAAGGGUGUGGUCAUUGACAAAAGCAAGGUUUCAGACUACGACGAGAGCUUUACAUUCUCCAAGCCCUCAAACCUCAGUGGUAGUGUGCUAAUUAACGAAGCAAAAAAUAUAACUGGAGACUCCAUCUUCACCAUCAUCAGUGUGGCUUACUCAUCUUUGGGGCCUAUUAUUCCACAGUAUAAGAAGAUGGAUGCAUUCAUAGUAAAUGGUUUGGUGAUGACAACACUAAUCAAUGCCAACAGCAGACUGAGUGGAGAUUUCAGGAUCAUUAUGACAUUUACGAAGGAUAACAAGACCCUGAAAAAUCCUCGAUGUGUAUUUUGGAAUUUCAGCUUCUCAGAAGAUGGUGGAGGUUGGGACAGUACUGGCUGUGAAAGCACAGAGAAUGGGGACAAUGUCACUUGCUCCUGUAAUCACUUGACUUCAUUCUCCAUUUUGAUGUCUCCCAGUCACGAUCCAUGGGACACGUUGGAUUACAUGUCUUACAUUGGUGUGAGCAUUUCUAUAUUGAGCCUGGUGGCCUGCAUUGGCAUAGAAUUUGUCGUGUGGAAAUCAGUGACCAAAGCAAGAAUAUCCUACAUGCGCCAUGUUUGCAUACUGAACAUAGUGAUUUCUCUCCUGAUUGCAGACGUCUGGUUCAUUGUGGUAGCAGCAAUGCAUGACACAAACACAAAAAUGGACCAGGCCUGGCUCUGCAUAACAGCAGCAUUCUUUGUUCAGUUUUUCUACCUCUGUGUCUUCUUUUGGAUGCUAACCUUGGGCCUCAUGGUGUUCUACCACAUAGUCUUUAUCGUACAUAAUGCAAGCAAGACCAUCAUGAAAGCUCUUAGCUUCUGCUUGGGAUACUUUUGCCCACUAGCUAUAUCUGCUAUCACCGUAAGCAGCACCCACCCACAUUACACAAGAAAAAAGGUCUGUUUACUCAACUGGGAUGAGAGUAGAGCUCUCUUGGCCUUAGUCAUUCCUGCCAUGAUCAUUGUCGCUGUCAAUGUGAUUGUUACCAUUGUGGUCAUAGCAAAAAUGCAAAGACGUUCCAUCGGCGAAAAAUCAAUAAAUAAAGAAAAGAGCUCAUUGUAUCGCAUCACCAAGUGUAUCGGUGUUCUGACAUCACUCUUAGGCCUCACCUGGUUAUUUGGUCUUGCUACAGUUAUCCCUGGAAGCCCUAGAGCAUUCCACUACUUAUUUACUCUUUUCAAUGCUUUUCAGGGAUUAUUCAUUCUGCUGCUUGGAAUCCUCUCAGAUAGAACGGUAUGGGAAGCUCUGUGGAAAAAGUGUUCCCUCUCCAGCUGGAGUUCACAACACACAAAGUCAACAUCCCAAGGCAUGUCAGCGCCUAUGCUUUCCAUCAGUUCUCCAUUCUCAAAAACUUUAAACAACUGGUUUGGCAAAACAGGAAAAUAUCAAGUCUCUUCUACAGAACCAGCAUCUUCUUCAGCUUCUGAAAGCACUUCAAAGGCAUAUUCUUUGCUAAACUGAGAAGCUUGGAAGACCUCUGGGCUCUUUCCCCUGAUGUGGCAAGAAGCAUGGACUUCGUAUAGGCUGUAAAGAACUGUGGCGUAUUAGUUUAACAAAAUAUUUCUUCGAUAUACCA